AUGGAGCCAGAAAGCAAUACUAUAAAGGUCUUAGUUCGAGUUCGGCCAAGGCUCCAGCGUGAAUCGGAUAGUAGCAUAGAUGAUCCAUUAGAGUCAGAGUGCUUAGUGCGUAUGCCGCCAUAUGAUCCUACAGCGACAAUACUAGAGGUACCACCCAAUUCAUCACAUCAUAGUCGGUCACAUAGGAGUCAAUCUGAUGAUUCGGGAGAUCAGCAUAAAGAAUACAAGCAAUAUAGAUUUGAUGAGGCAAUUUGGUCCUACAAUAAGCAUGAUGCCAAUUAUACAGAUAAUAAGCUCUUUUAUGACAAGUGUGGGCCAGAGAUAGUAGAGCACAUAUUUCAAGGCUUCAAUGUCUGUUUGUUGGCUUAUGGGCAGACAAGCUCAGGUAAGACCUAUACUAUGAUGGGCAAUAAGCAAGAGCCUGGUUUCAUUCCCCAGAUAAUGCAUGACGUUUUGAAACAUAGAGAAAUAUUGAUUGACGAUCGGAUCAACUGCGAAUUAAAAUUAACGUAUAUUGAGGUGUACAAUGAGCAGGUGAAGGACUUAUUUGGGACUGAAGAGGGGGGAAAGAAAUGUAAAGUGCGAGAGCAUCCAGUUACGGGUCCGUAUGUGGAAAAUUUGAAAGAAUAUACAAUUGAAAGUUAUCAAGAAUUUGAGAGGCUCUUGAAUCUUGGGAAUACAAAGAGGUCUACUGCCUCUACUUCCAUGAACGAACACAGUAGUAGGUCCCAUGCCAUCUUGACUCUUACGCUAAAGCAGACUCGAUUUACAGAUGGAGAAUCGAAUAAUACAAUUAGCAUCGGUGAUGCCGAAGAAGUGAUGAUAUCUAGCAUUAAAUUAGUCGACUUGGCGGGAUCUGAGAGGUUAGAAAAAACUAAAACGUUCGGGCAGCACGAGAGAAUGAAGGAGGGCACAUUGAUAAAUAAGUCUCUUACAGUGUUAGGCAGAUGUAUUAAUUUAUUGGCAAAAGCGUCAAGUAAUCCAAGCGAAAAAUCUCCAGUCAUACCGUACAGGGACUCUAUUCUUACAUAUAUAAUGAAAGAGAAUUUGGCUGGUAACUCGAAAACUUUCAUGAUAUUUUGUAUUUCACCGCUUGAUUUCGAUGAAACCUACCAAACUUUAAAUUAUGCGAAUCAAGUGAAGAAGAUAAAAACUAUGGCUAAGGCAAAUAAGACAAAAUUGGCGUCUAUUCCAAUAGAUUGGAACGCAAUGAAAGAGGCUGAUCAUGAUGUAAUUAGGAACUUGAAAGACGAAAUUGAGAGUUUGACUGCAAAGUUACAUGAUGUAAGUGUAUCACCUCAAUUUGAAUCAGAAAAGAAUGUCAGCAACAUUCUCGCUUUUCUACAGUCUGACUUAGAUAGAGUAAAGUUUGAAAACCGCUAUUUAAAACAAAAGCUAUUUCAAAAGUCAGCAGAAGCAGACGAGCUUACAUCUCACAUAAAAUAUAUGGAUCACGAAUAUAGAGAGUUGUCUGGAGAAUUAUCAAAAGCAACGCAAAAGGCUUUUACAAGCAUCUUAGAACAAUGUGUGAAUAAUGCUUCAAGCUUAGAUAACGAUUUAUUUGAGCUUGACCCAAAAAGAUUGUUUUAA